AUGGAGGGUGCAGCUGCAGGUCUCCCGCUCCCGGCUUCAGCGGGUCUCAUCUGUCCCCACUCCCCGGGCGCCUGGCAGCAGCAGCAACAGAGACAGCGGCAACACCCAUCCCGGCCAAUAGAGCACCCACAGAGCAGCCCUGCUUUAUGGAGGCCUUGGAUGCUCACAGCAAGAGACAGUGAGAUGACAGAGAAUCAACAAAUGUCAGAACUGGAUGGUCAGCUAAUAAAUUUUAGAUCAAAAGGAGCCCUGGGGUUUCAACAUCCAGUGAGACUUUAUUUGCCCAAGUCCAAAGCCCAGAAGUUUCUUAAUAACAUUGGAGAGAAGGUCCUGGCAAGUUUUCCAGUACAAGCUACAAUUCACUUCUACAAUGAUGACACCGACUCUGAGGAAGAUGAAGAAAUCAGUUCAGCCUAA